AUGUAUCUACGCUCCACUGCCGACGCCCUGGUCGCGGAAUUUGUCAAAGGCGUGCCAAGCAUAGGCCUGCCCACUAUCACAGGGUCCUUGACCGCUGUUCCCGGCCCAACCGAGCGACAAUCCUACAGUCUUGAUGCUACUACCACCAAGUCUAUUAUUGCCGCUUGCAAGAAACGUGGUCUCAGUGUCCCCAGUGCUGUUCAUGCUGCCUUGGUUCGCGUCACAGCGACUUAUCCACAGCAUCCGCUCGCUAAAAGCUACGCCGCCUUUUUCCCGACUGAUCUACGCCCAUACCUUUCUUCACCUUACAAUGGAGAAGCUUUUGCGGUUGGCAUGUUCUGUAGUGGUCUCCCAGUCACCGUUCCAAACGUUUUGAGCCGGUCAUUCGACGCUAUCGCAGAGAUUCUCAAUAAUGUCUACAGAAGAGACCUGACGCGGAUGUGCACUAAUGAUGAGGGUAAGCCACAAGGCAUGUUGGAUCUCAUGGCACCUUAUGUCAGACGGACAACUAAACUCUUCAACACUGCCCCUCCUUGGGAACUGCCUCCAGUCCAGAACCCAGACUUGAGCAGUUUUGGCAAGGUCGAGCAGUAUUUGCAGCAUGAGUAUGCCUUUGGCCAAGGCGGUAAGGACAAGGUAGAGGUGGAUGGGUUUUGGAUUGGUACGGAGACACUUGCCCGGUCGCUGCAGUGCCAUGUGUGGACUUUUAAGGAUCAAUUGACCAUCCAAGGGUGCUUCAACACGAGCUUUUACGAUCGCAAGUUUGUUUCUGAAGUACUUGAGAAGGUGAAGGCGGAGUUGAUUGAGGGUCUUGGAGUUUAG